AUGGAGCUGACAAGCGCUGACCACCUCCGAGAGCUCUACGGCGAUCUGUCGAGGAAAUACAAGACACACAGCGCGGCGAUUGCACGCAUUUGGCGCUCCCUAGACGGACCCCAGCGGGCCAAGUGCUUCAAAGCCGGCGCCGCUGGCGGCGUCGUCCUGCAGCACUCGGCCGACAAGUCGUUGGGGGACGUGUACAAAUUCGUCCCGGAGAUGAACCUCCGGGACGUUGCGAAGCCAGGGUCGGACUUUUUGCUGCACCUCCUCCAGCACCGAGCUACGGGAACAGCUACGGUUCCCCUUUCAGAGCAAUACUGCCGCGGCGUGGUGGACGGAGAGCUGGGCGAUCAUGGCUUCAUCCUCAAGAUGAUGACGGAAAAGGGGCUGCGUCAUGCGCAGCGCUUCAAGGACAGCUACACUUUGUUUUACGACGAUGAAGAGUACGGCAACUCCAUCACGAUUGUGUCUGGCCGCGCGGAGAGCCUGGCUGCGCUGGCGCCGGGGAUUCGCGCUCAGGUGGUUGUGCCGCAAUCCAUGGGCGAGCUGAUCAUCACGAGGCAAACAACCAUCCUGCAGCUGCUCAACAUAUUGAUCGAGGACAUACUGGAGGCCGGGGCGGACGGCAGAAGCCAGAAACCGGCUCCGAAAAAACCCGCCGGUCCCGCGUCGCAGGCGCUUCCCCGGCUCACCUCCUCCACCAGGGGGCAGCAGCCUAAGCUGACUGUGCCCGAAGUUUCCGCCAGCGCGCACGAGCAGCAGCUGUGCCUCGAGGACCAUCUGGAACUGAUGCUGACGGAGCCCCGUGCCCUCGCGCACGUGGUCAAUAUCCGAUUCUUCACCCAGCCAGAGCUCGUGGCCGAUGAGAAGGGCCGCAGGCUCCCCGUCCACACGGACAGACACAUCAGCCCGGUGCUGUACGAGGCCGUGCAAGAUGCAGUCAGAGGGGUCUCGAUAUGGUCCUACAUCAACCUUCUCCUGCAGCGCCUGCAGGACCACCCUGCGCUGGACAAGGCGUACCGCAUGAUUGUGCAGCAGGAGCUGGUCAACGCCUACCACAUUGAGUACGCUCGCGCGCAGGGCAACUUCAAGCGGUUCGUGCAGGCUCACUCUGGCAGAAAGUGGUUCAAGCGGAUAUCAAACGCGCCAGGUGGUAAAACGGGCGCCGCACGCGUCGCUCUCAGGGGGAACGUCAAGGGCUUGUUCGGCGCGGACACGCAGCUGUACUACAUGCUGCGACUGUGCCAGCCCGAGACGGGUCCCGCCCAGGCCGUCGAGUGGAUCAGCAAGCUGAGCGACCUGCACCGGGCGCACCCCGACGAGCAGGACAAGCUCGAGGCGGCCGAGACCGAGGCGCUCGGAGACUUGGCCGUCGUCGUGGCCUUUAUCCAGGACGUUGCGUGCGCGAUGCCGCUGCCACCCUUGUCGCGGAAAACGGGGCAGACCCUGACGGACAAGCUGCAGGAGCUGGAUGCGCUGGUUGCCCGGCUCCAGGCGGGCGUCGACCUGCGCGACUUUGCCGUGCCCAUCGACCACUUGCUGCAGGACGGCAUGGCCGCGGGGGCCUUGGCAGCCAUGGACGACCACCUGCGCAGCAGCACGCUGGGCGCGACCAUGCGCGCCGCCUACCAGAACAUGACGUCGGAAUGCGCCGCCGAGCUCGCCGAGCGGCACCAGCGAGCCAGGGCGCAAAUGGACCAGAGCGACGACGCACCGUGUCCUCGGUUUCCCGCAGCGGCGGCAAGCCCCCCCGGUCAAGCUCCACCACGGCGCGAAAAGGAGAAGAGGCGCGGCGGCGGCGGCGGCGGCGUCGUCGUCGUCGAAGCAGCCGCCGUCGCGGCGAACCCGACAGAUGCGUCGAACGGGCUGCCGGUGGGUGUGGGCGCCGACGGCCGUGCGCCGACGCCCCGAGUCCCGGUCGACGCGGCCACAGCCCGGGUCUUUGACGCCAUCUUCAGAAAGUCGGAGGCGCGAGGGCCCGUCGGCUGGGACGCCUUCGAGGCCGCCAUGGCCAGGCUGGGCUUCUCUGUCGUGCCCAAGUUUGGCUCGGUCGUCAGCUUCCUCCCGCCAAGCACAAUGUCGGCCAAGAGGUGCGUCACGACGCACAGGCCGCACAAGUCGCGGAUUGAGGGCUACGGGCUGCUGCUGCUGGCGAGGCGGCUGGGGCGAGUCUAUGGCUGGGGGGAGGGGACAUUCCACGAGGCGUAG